UAUGCUAUAGUAUGCUACUUGUGUAAGAUGGAAACGUUGUGAUUACAGCUACAAAGGAGCGGGCUUAUUGCGAGUUAUUCGCCUGUAUAUUUGUAAGAAUAUUAGAUAGCCUGGCAUAUAAUCUGGCAAUUAAUUCUUGAUAAUAUUAUUACCAAUCACUGACGAGAUAGUAUAUUUGUGGUAAACUGUAAACAUGUCGGACGAGAAGAAGGAAACUAAAACAGAAUCGGAACAUAUAAAUUUAAGAGUACUGGGGCAGGAUAGUGCAGUGGUUCAAUUUAAAAUAAAAAAACACACACCACUCAGGAAAUUAAUGAAUGCCUACUGUGAUCGUGUGGGGCUAGCGAUUGCUGCAGUAAGAUUUAGAUUUGAUGGACAACCCAUAAAUGAAUUAGAUACUCCAACAACUCUUGAAAUGGAGGAAGGAGACACAAUAGAGGUUUAUCAGCAACAGACAGGAGGAUUGUGUUGAGAUUUAACAUUGUCAUUCAAUAGUUUCAAAAUGGACUUGAUAAAAAAUUUUGUUUCAGUGCUUAUGAGAAAGAGGCGUGAAUUAUUUUUAAUUUUUCCUAACUCAACAGAAUACUUUGUUUUAUAAUAUUAUGUGGAAAAGUUGUUUACACUUUUUAUAUAAAUCAAACUUAGAUGCUGUUCAAUGCAUUUAUUUCAUCUAAAGAGUAAUCUUUUUACAUUUUGUAUUGUUUGAUACCAUACAAUAAGAUUAAAGUUUUUGUAUCUUUCAAACUGUA